UCCAGAUUGUCACAUGACGAGAGGAAAGUCUGGUUCCGGAUGUCCAGAAACAUCUCUACUCAAAACUCACCAAUGGCAGUGUUAUCUAGCUGACAUAACAGGCUGAGCCUUUUUGAACCAUGGUGUUCACCUUUGAGUCUGCAGUGCACAGCGACCAUGUUCUCCAGCGUCUGGAUGAUCAGAGGCAGCAGGAUGUUCUGUGUGAUGUGACGGUGGUGGUAGAAAACAGGAGUUUCCGGGCCCACUGCUCUGUCUUGGCUUCCUGCAGUGACUACUUCCACAGCAAGGUUGCCAAUGUCACAAGACAGAAUCCCAUCAUCACCUUGCCCGAGGAGGUGACCAUUGUGGGGUUUGAACCUUUGCUUCAAUUUGCCUACACAUCAAAGCUCCUCUUCACCAAAGAAAACAUUCGUGCCAUUCACAGCAGUGCUGAGUUUUUAAGAUUUCGUGAUUUGGAGUCCGCAUGCUUUGAUUUUCUCAUCCCAAAGUUUUCUGACGGCAAAAGAACGUCACAAGAGGUCAGGCGUAGAGCCUGUUGUCUGAGCCGAGAUCCCAGUGCCAGUUUUAGCCCGAGCGCAGAAAGCAGCCAACCAAAAUCAUUGGAGUCACACAGCUCAGUGCCUUCAAGAGGGGAUGAACAAACAGAUUUCCCAUCACAGUGUCCUGAGAGUGCACAGGGUCAGACGAACAGUGGGGAAGAGCACUUUUGUUUGGAGAAUUGUGGGCCACAAAUGCCCCCCUUAUCUUUGGAGUUAACAGCCAAUGGUGUGUGCCCCAUGUUGUCUUUGCCAUGCCCAGACUCUGCCAAAGCAGAUCAUUCCUCUCAGUUCUGCGAGACAGAAUGUUUAGAGAUAGGAGAUGUGUGUAAUCAAAGUGAGUUGAGUUUGGCAGAUUGUGGCUUACCCUGUGAGCUGUCAACCCCCGGGGAUAUGAAUCUGCCAGAACUCAUUGAGCCAGCAGGCAGAGAAGUUAAGCAGCCUGUGGAGACGCUUGGUGCUGAAACCGACUGCAACCCUGGUUCAUGUCCACUCAACACAUCAGGGGCGGAUGAUUGCCAUGAGUUAUUAGAGCAGAGUGAGGCUGGCCUUGAACAGAAAAUGGAAGGUGAUCUUCCAGACCAUACACUAUCUGCUCUAAGUCACGAAGAGGGAAAUGGGGGGAGGAGCAGCGUGGAGAGGGAGGUAGCUGAACAUCUGGCAAAGGGAUUUUGGUCCGACCUAUGUCCAUCUCAGGCUCAACCACUCCCGUUGGAACCAAUGGACCAACACAAUCUGGCAAAAGCAUCAGACUUCCAUUGGCUUAAGCAGCUGGACCUGAGCUCCAGUGUAGGAGACUGUCCCUUCCUCAGGGACUUUGGGACAGGUGACGACCCGGCUCCAUGCACCGACAGCCUGUCCCAGUCAGAGAAGAGCCCCUACAUGUCCUCCUCGCUCAACUCUGGGGACGACUCAGAGCUGGACACAGAUGGAGAUACUGAAGCCAACAACAAAAGAGCAGCAGAGAUUCAGCUCCCAUUCCCUGUGGAGCAGAUCUCAGCCCUGAGCCGGAGUGCCUUCCAGCAGCUUCUGAGACACCAUCACUUGAAUCAAGAUCAGCUUGAAUUUGUCCAUGAUGUUCGUCGACGGAGCAAAAACCGCGUGGCUGCCCAGCGCUGCCGAAAGAGGAAACUAGACAGCAUAUACCAGCUAGAAUGUGAAAUCAAAAGAUUAAAAAAUCAGAAAGAGCGACUGCUGCACGAGCGAACCGAUCUGGAGCACAACCUGGAGGAGACGCGACAGAGUCUGUGCGGGUUAUGUAAGAGCGUUAGCUUCGAAGCUGGCUCUGAUCAGGACCACUUGCAGCUUCUCGCCAAGGUCUCCUCACCAGACUCCCCCGUCUACUCCCCUCACAUUUUGGGUAAAGAUGAGUCCCAGAUCACUAUCAAAAUAGUAAGUUCUUCAGAGUGUGACCCAAGCGAGCCACCUGCAGACUCUGUUCAAACGGCUGCAUCAGAGGCUGGCACACAGACAGAGGAGGCAGUUUCUCCACAGAGCUGCCCAGUCUCUGCGUCUCUGCUCAAUGUCUGUCUCGACAUGAACAACAGCUUAUAAUUGGACUCAAUUUCCAUCGUCAUUUCUAAUCUUGCAGAACCACAGAGCAGGGGGUGGACUUUAUAUACUACAAUCUCCUUUCGGGAUUGAUAUGCUUGUCUGUGUAUUUCACUGAAUGAUUUUCGGUCUGAUGUUGGUAUCUUAAAGUGGCAUAGAGAAAUGUCACAUUUCCUUUGCUGUAUUCCUAAUAUGCAUUACACUGUAGUAAACACAGAAUCUAGUGUUCAUCUUUUUUAAAGUGCACACAUUCCCAAAUGUUUCCAUUUCUAAAAUAGGAUGUUCUUAAAACAAAGAAACUCAUAACCCGACUGUUUUGAUGGCUGAAAUAAUUCUCACUACAUACCGACCUCACACACAUACACACAUUUAUGAAGAUAUGAUAUUUGUUUAAUUUUGAGCUCAUUAAUUAUAUUCAUAAUUAAUGUAUUCUUAACACUUCAUGUAUUUUGUACAUGAAGUGUUAAGUGCUGUUUCUUUGAUCAAAUAUGCGCAGUACUAACAUAACCUUUUUUCGACAGUUGAGGAAUUGUUACAGCUAACAUAAAUUGUCGGCAGCAUUAUUUAAUGCCGGUACAUAGUUUGGAUGAACAACUGUCAGCUUCUCGUGAUGUUUGAGGAAUAAUGAAAGUGUUACAGGGGAACAUAUAGGAAAUUAUGAUAUUUGAUGCAAAACGUGCCUUAUGCGCUGGUAUUGUAUGAAUACAGAAAGAUAAAGGCAAUCUCUUUAUGUUCUUGUCUCAAGCACUUUUGCACAUUAACCCAGAGCCCACAUUGAUGGCAUUCUCUUACAUUAAUGUCUGUCUUCAUGUUGAAUAUUUUUUAUUCAUGCUUUCAUGGAUUACAGAUUUGAAUAAACAACAUUUUGUAACAUUCAGUGUUUUGUUUUGUUUUUUCCAACAAAAAGAAUAUUCCCCCUCUGUUGAUGCACAGUACCACAGUUUGGCCAAUAGAUGGAAGUAUAACGUAAUAUACCUCAUCAGCUAUACUGACCCUUAAUUUACUGACUAGAGCACGAUAACAAUAUUAAUUGUUCCUUCUGUGAUGUACCUGCAAGAGGAGAUAAAACUAACCUGAAACCGCAUGUACUGUCGCUGAUGUCAGACUGUUCAGUCAUCAACGGGGGACAUGACAUAAUCAACGUAACAAAACUGUUACU